AUGUCUCCUAAAGAUUUCCAAAGAGACCUGAAGGAGACAAAGUCCUCAAACCAGUUUCCUCACUUGGAUAAUGUCAAAGCAGGCGAUCAUGAAGGCUCCAUUGUCUUUGCUUUCUGCGAUUCCUCAACUCGUGUCAAGAUUGAUUUUCAGGCCAUAGUAUCAGAUUCGCACGAUUAUCCCCAUGACCAUGCAUAUUUCGUCUUCACGACUUCUGAGGAUGUCCCUUCACGCGUCACGACUGCCUUGGAAGAUGCCCAAUCGCUCUUUCUGGGGCUACCAAUCCAAGACUUUCUCACUUAUGUGGAUGAGAUUGUGAGAAACGCACUGUGGGACCCAGCGGAGGAAAGUGACCAAACGCAACACUUCUCCGAUGCAGAUGCUGAAGAUGGGUUUGACGCGAUCAGUGAUGACUGGGAGGUAGGCAGCGAAGCAGAACCUGGGGUUACCAUGGUUCCAACGACGAAUGAGGCCACGCUAAGGCGUGUGCUACGGCGAGACCUUCGUGUUGCCAAAGAUGCCGGCUUAAAGGUGAGCUAUCAUGGGCCGCCCACGUGGUUCUUCAUUGUAUCUCUGUCGUGUCGUGCGGCCAGACUGGGUAUUCCAGAAGAGGCUAUGAGCGCUUGGGACAUCCGGCCGUCCCAGUACAUCGUCCUACUCAUUCGCUAUUCAGCGGGCUAUCUUGACCUGGAGAGCGUUUUGUCACUUGAAGGUAGAGGGAAUUCUUUGGUCCAAUUUCGCGUCGGAAUCUGCAGCUCGUACAAACCAAGUCAUAAAUUUGCGCUACAGGCUUUUGAUUUGGAGCCAUCAACAAAUGAAGAGGAAGCGGGCUUAGGGCAGCGAUUGAAGCCCAUUUUCAUAGAAAAGCCGCUCAACUCGCUCCUCAAUGAUAGAUUCCUUCGGAUAGUUAAGGCUCGAUUCGAUUACGGCUUUUCGUGGACGGGCGCUGAACUCUACACCCACGAGAGUCAGGGCAAGAUGUUCCACGCAGAAGAAAGCCUCCCAGAGGAAUAUUUUGAGCCAGAUAGCUGGGGUAGCGGUCCAGCCUCAGUCCUUCUCCUGUUUGAUCAUAUGAGGGAUGAAACAGCCUCUUCUCAAUUGUCUCUACCACUGGUAGCCAUGCAGUUCAUGCUUCGCCACCUUGUCAAAUGCACAGAGUUCUGUCUAGUAUGUCAUUGCAAGAUAGCUGACAGCAAGAGCUACGAAGCCAUCAAACCAUAUGUUUGUUCCAACGGCCUCUGUCUAUACCAGUACAUGGCGCUGGGUAUGGCCACAAAUUUGGAAUAUGAGAUCAAAACGCAGCCAGAUGUGGUAGACCUACUGGUGAGCCUGACCUAUGCUCGAGCCGGGUCUGGUAGGCUGGAAGACUUUCCUACAGGUCUAGGCCUACGGGUGCCUGCCGUAUUGAACUUUUCGAGAUUGGACGAACUGGAAGCACUGCUAAGAGCCGAGGAUACCGGCCAGCCGAGGCGAUGCUAUAGUGGUACUCUCAGAGUGAAAGAGAUGAUCUGCACACUUGACCAGACAUCGUCCCUCAAAGAAGGUGACUGGGCUACGAUCUUUGCCAACGGGACACAGCAGGCCGAGGGCCUCUGGCACUGUCGGAUAGCGAGACUUACGUCUGAUCUUCGUCAGCUACAGUUCUCUCUUCCAAUAAUUCAAGGUCAACAGCGGCCUGCAUCAGACUAUCUACCACGGCCGUCACAUGAAGUGAAGUUUGUUGUUUAUGACAAGAACUUUGAUGACCUCAGUGACACAGAGAAACGGCGUGCGGUGCAGAUGCUUCUUGGGACCCUCCCUAGUAUUGAGGCCAUGAAUAUCUUCCUUGCCAAACACCCCGAGAACAAGGGGCUCGCUGCAUGGAAAGAUGCCAUAUCUCCCGGUGCACUUGACAUGUUACGUUGGGUUGUUGCCUCUAAUCGAUCUUUUAUCAAGAAGGACAACGAUGACAAUCUCGAACACCGUGUAUCUGGGAUGGACUCCUACAUUCAAUUCCGGUUGGUCCAAGGGGCACCAGACAAAGAACAACGGUUUAUCAAUGCCGUCAACGCGAAGGCAGCCAAGUCAAACCAUCCAACCUUGUUUGCUUGGCAUGGUAGUCCAAUCCAGAAUUGGCACAGUAUAUUAAGGGAAGGUUUACAUUUUAAGGAAGUCUCGCAUGGCCGUGCCUACGGAGACGGUGUAUAUCUCUCCAAUAAUUUCAAAAUAUCAGCAGGGUACGCAGCCGAGUAUAAUCAUCUGUCCUGGCCCCAGAGUCGGCUGGGGAUACAGGCGUGCAUCUCGCUCAACGAGGUUGUUAAUGUGCCAGCUGAAUUCAAGAGCAGAAGCCCUCACUAUGUUGUGCCACAGCUAGACUGGAUCCAACCACGCUACCUCUUCGCCAAAUGUCGCCAUUUAUCUGCGGGAUGUGAUGCAGUAGUGCGGCCAUCAUUCGUGUACAAACAAGACUCAAAUUAUCCGGUAUACGGGCCCUGCGGAGAGCUGAUUGAGAUACCAAUGUCUGCCUUCAGCAGCCAGCGAAGGCGCAGUCUGAUGGCAUUGAUGGAUGCAAAGGCUGGCGACACCAAAUCAUUUCCCCUUGCUCCUGCGGGCCACAAGCAGGGACUAUGUGAUCCCCCAAGCACACCACCAGUCGCCAACACAGCACUUAUCGAGCAGGAAGACGACAAUAUCAGCCAAGCAACAACAUUUGAGGAUAUGCAGCUUCUGCUAUCCGACACUGAAGACGACUUACGAGAUAAAAUGACCGAACCAUCCCAGCCAUGCAAGAGUUGCAUCGAGAGUAACUUUGAUCCCGGAACUUUGGACAAAUAUUCGUUUAGGCUACUGACACCCCCGGAAUACGCAACGACUCCCGCGACAAGAAUUCUGCAACAACAUCUACAAGCGACACUCAAAGUUCAAGCACGCGAGAACAUCCACGACCUCGGUUGGUAUAUCGAUCCCGAUCUCAUCAACACCGUGUACCAGUGGGUUGUUGAGCUGCACAGCUUUGAUCCAGCACUCCCACUAGCUAAGGACUUGAAAGCUGCCAAUCUCAAGAGCGUACUCAUCGAGCUCCGGUUCCCGCCACGUUUCCCUAUGGCCCCGCCCUUUGUCCGCAUCAUCCGUCCGCGGUUUCUCGAGUUCGCUGCUGGAGGCGGGGGGCAUGUCACCGCUGGCGGAGCCAUGUGCAUGGAACUCCUGACAAAUUCCGGCUGGCUGCCUACGGCAUCGAUCGAAAGCGUGCUCCUGCAGGUUCGAAUGGCGCUCACGAAUACCGAUCCUCGACCGGCGCGAUUAGCCGGAACUCACUCUCGGAUGGACUACGGGGUCGGCGAGGCAGUGGAAGCAUAUAAGCGGGCAUGCAUUGCGCAUGGCUGGCAGAUUCCAGAGGACAUUCAACAGUUAUCCUGGGGGUAA